UUUGAAAGGAGGAAAAAAAAAAGCAACCAGGAAGUCAGGCAGAAGAGGAAACGCUCGCUGUUGUUGGAGCAUAAAACUCUGUAAACAACUAAAAAAAGAGUUGAAUAAAACUUGUAAACAACAACAACUACUUUGAACCAACUUCAUCCACCUUUUGGGGCUCAAUCGGGACUAUUUCCACCAACAUGGACAUUGAUCCGGAGCGAGGAGGAGCCGAGGCGGCGCCCGAGCCCAAAGACAAGGUUCAGAUCCUGAAGGACCAGGUGGACGGGGUGAAAGACAUCAUGACGCAGAACGUGGACCGCAUCCUUGCCCGUGGCGAGAGGCUGGACGACUUGAUGGGGAAAUCUGAGGAUCUCCAGACGGGGGCUCAGCACUUCAAGCAGACGUCGGUGAAAGUGGCUCGUACGUACUGGUGGAAGAACGUGAAGCUGGUGGUGGUCAUCGUGGUGGUCGUGCUCAUCAUCGUGCUCAUCAUCGUCCUCCUCUCCACCGGGGUCAUUCCCACCACCACAAAGCCAAUUACACCCACCCUACCACCCCAUAAGCCAUAAACACACACACACACGCACACACACGCACACACACACACACACACACACACUCUUGCACAAUGUACAUACCAAGUUACAGUAAAACAGAAAAGUAAUAUAUAGACUCAAAGAAGAAUAAUAAUAACUGCUGUCUUGGGGAAACGGUUUCUGCUUCAUGCUCAUUAUGGUAUUUGAAGACCAGUGCUUUUUUCUAGUUUAUUGGUGAUUUAGUUUAUCACAAUUCCAGCCUAUAGUUAAUUUUUUUAAUUUGUGAGAAACUAAAGACAAGUGUCGCCUGACGGCAGCAAAAACAUCUGCCCGAAAAAAGCCAGCUGCUCUUUGUUAACGAUUAUUAUCCUGAAAGAAGUCAAUUUAAAGAGUCCCUAUUAUCUGGGUUUUUAUAUAGGUUUUAGUUCCUCCAUUGGACUCCUUUGUUUACUUCCAGACCAAAAUGACAUCACUAUGCAAGACUCAGGCUCCUAUUGGCUAGCACUCCAAUACAUUUUACAUGAUAGGCUAAGGGGCGGGACAUCUCUAAGUGGUUGACCAAUCACAACAGAGCAGGCAAGCAGUCUAAAUCUGGGCAGAUUAGGGCGCCUUUUAAAGUGGAUUUCUUCAGUCUUUUACCAGACAUUAUUAGUCUUGAAUGUAAUCCCCCUAAAUGCACCUUUACAACGAGAAGUUUGUAUAGUUUAAAAGAUAAAAAUGCAGUUUAAAAAAAACAUGUUUUCUGACAAAUCUGUAAUUUUUAGGUCAGUGGAAAGCUAAAUUGUAUAUUGGAUAUGUAUGUCACCGUCUGUGGGCUUAUUAUUAUUAUUAUUAGUAUUAUUAUUAUUCCUGCUGUCACUUUUCUUCGUAGUCAGACAAUCUAGAAAAGGGAAUCAUGUUAUCAAAUUAUAUUUACAUUUGUAGGAACUUUUGUGCAAUCAGAUACUUGGUGGUGUGUUUGAGGAGAGGUUUGUUAUAUUAAUAAUACAACGUCAACGUCUAAACAACUGUUAUUUUACACAGAAAUCUAAUAAUAUACCUGGGUUGGGUUUCAAAACACUUUAACAUAAUCUGUAAAUAUACAUCAGAGUCUUAUUAGUUCUAGAAAAUACCUUUAUUUAAGAAGUGGGGAAACAUUUGCUAAUGUCAAAAACAUUUAAAAAAACAACCAAAGUUAGAGAAUAUCCAACGUUUGCAAGUUUAAAAAACAACAUUUGAAGUUUCCUGUAGGACUUCUAUCUUAAUACUCGACCAAAUGUAAAAAUAAAAGUCCCAAAUAAUAUAAUAUCACUUAACGUUGUGACUGAUUAUGGUUCAGAGCGUCCAUUUUGUUUGUAAUUGGGGAUUGUUGAGUGUUUCCAGUCGUUAUGCUAAGCUAACAAGGGGCUAGCUGUAGCUUCAUAUCAAACGUACAGACCAACAAAUAACCCAAAGUGAAAGGUAAACCAUCAAACAUUCGUAGAUGUAACUUUGACAGGAGAUGCACAUAUUUCCCUCGAUACUCUUGAUACUCAAUACUACAUUUCAAAAAUAAUUAUUCCAAUUAACAUCUAGUCACUUAGCGCUGCGACUUGGCUGAGGCAGAACUCAAUGGGUUUUGCACAAAUUGAGCAAAUGAGAUAGAAAGCUAUUUUUGAAAUUGUUGUUUGAGUCUUUAAGCUAAGCUAAGCUAACCAGCAACCGGCUGUAGCUUUAUAUUUACCAUACAGACCAACAAACACACACAGAAGGUUUAUUCCUAGUGUUUUCAGACGCUUAUAAUGCAAAUCGGAGCCUAAAACUAAAUAUUAGUGGACGAACGUCAAUUUGCUAUCCUUGAUAUUCAACAUACUUUUUUUUAAAUGACCCCAAUUGGUAAAUAACACACAACAUUUUGAGAUAAAUUAAGUCCUGAUUGUUCCCACACUUCCAUUUUUUGUGCAUCAGGCUCUAACAUUAAUUAAAGAUUAUAACAAUUGGUACAAAGACCCUGUGUGUCCCCCCCCCCCCCUCUUCUACCUGCUGUUGCAGUACCAAGUUAUUCUCUAAAAAUGUCAUAAUAAUGAUAAACUGUAAAUAGUCAGCACAGUCUCUCCUCUUGUGUAUAUUUGCAAAGUGUUAACGAGUUCUUAACGAGGCUGUUUAUUCAACGCGUCAUGUCUUCUUCUUUUUUUCUGAACCUCAAUGAGUCAAUGAAGUGAUUUCUGAUUAGUCAUGUUGAUAAUUGUCUAAAGGAAGCUGUGUAUUUGUGACGCUCUGGGUGAAGGAGUGAUGAUAAUCUUCCUGUUCUCACUCUGCGGUUUGUGAUCACUGUCUGAUUCGACCUGGAAACAGAAGAUGCACCCUGCUCCGCUGACCUGAGACCAGCAGGGUUUUAUCCUAAUGACUUGUGAUGUUUAAUGGUUUUAAUGGUCCUGAAAUAAAUGAAUAGUAUUUACCUCUGA